AUGGCUGCCGCACAGCACAGGACCGUCCUGGUCCUAUACGGCUCCGAGACGGGCAACGCGCAGGAAAUAGCCGAAGAGCUGGGCAGAACCUGUCAGCGAUUGCAUUUCCAAACGACCGUCGAAGAGAUGAACGCCGUGACUCUGCCAGAACUGCUCCAGAAUGAACUUGUCAUAUUCGUCGUCUCCACUACUGGACAGGGCGACAUACCGCACAACUCUACUCUAUUCUGGAAGAGGUUACUCCAAAGAAGACUGCCAGCGGAUUGCCUCACACAAGUUCAAUAUACGUGUUUUGGACUUGGCGACAGCACAUAUGUCAAAUUCAAUUGGGCUGCGCGGAAACUGAUUCGUCGCUUGGACCAACUCGGCGCUUCAACCUUCUACGAGACAUUCGAGGCUGAUGAGCAGUUUCCCGACGGCAUUGAAGGGUCAUUUGCCCGCUGGUCCGACGGCCUCUCCAAGCACCUCCUAGACAAGCAUUCUCAUCCUCCAGGGCUGGAACCCAUCCCCAACGACGUCAUUCUCCCCCCGCGAUGGUCGUUGGAGCCCGCUUUACGGGGUAUUGAGAAGACGACUGCCACCUCGAAGCAGCCGCAAGAGAAUGGCGACACGUCGCCCAAAGCGUCCUCGGGCAACACCCCCCCUGCCGAUCUCUUGCACGUCCCCGGUGGCUGGACAGCCACGCUUGCCGUCAACGAGCGCGCGACGCCCGAAUCACACUGGCAAGAUGUCCGCCUCGUAUCCUUCGACGUCCCCCCUCGAGCACCGCCGUCGGCCUCCGGCGCGGCCCCGGAGCCGCUCCGCUGCCAGCCAGGCGACUGCCUCACCAUCUAUCCCAGAAACUUUCCCGCCGACGCCGAGCGGCUCAUCGCCCUGAUGGGUUGGGAGGCCGUCGCCGACGAACCCCUCGACCUGUCCAAGUGCGGCGCGCUGCCGCGCGGCCUCUUCGUACCGCCCACUCCCACCACCUUGCGCCGGCUGCUCCUCGACAACAUCGAUAUCACCGCCAUCCCGCGGCGCUCGUUCCUCAAGAGUAUGUCCUUCUUCUCCACCGACGAGUACCACCGCGAGCGCCUCCUCGAGUUCACCCUGCCCGACUACGUCGACGAGUAUUUUGAUUACGCCACGCGCGCCCGCCGCACCAUCAUCGAGGUCCUUGAGGAGUUCACCUCGGUCCGCCUGCCCGCCGCGCGGCUCCUCGACAUCUUUCCGCUGAUUCGCGGCCGCGACUUUAGCAUCGCCAACGGCGGCGACCAGCUGCUGCACCAACCCACCGGCCCGGGCUCCGGUGCUUCUUCUUGUACACGGGUGGACCUGCUCGUCGCCAUGGUGCGCUACCGCACCGUCCUCCGCAAGCCGCGCGAGGGCCUCUGCUCGCGCUACCUCGCCUCCCUGCCCGUCGGCGCCGCGCUCACCGUCACCAAAAAGGAUGUGCUAUCGCCCGUUCACGGCGCCGCCUGCGCCCGUCGCCCGCUCAUCGCCCUGGUCACCGGCACCGGCGUCGCGCCCGUCCGCAGCCUCAUCCACGAGCGCCUGACCCACCAAGCGGCACGCGGUGCCGUCGGCCCCAUGCUUCUCUUCUUCGGCAACCGCAACCGCGCCGCCGACUACUUCUUCGAGUCUGAGUGGGCCGCCCUUGGAGGCGAGAAGACCGCCGAUGACAACGACGAGAUUGACAGCCGCCUGCUCACGGUAUUCCCGGCCUUCUCGCGUGACCAGCGCGAGAAGGUGUACGUGCAGGACCUGGUGCGGCGCGAGGCCGCGGCGCUGGCCGCGUUGAUCCCGCGGCGGCCCGUCUUCGCCGUCUGUGGCGGGUCGUCCCGCAUGGCCGAGGCGUGUCGGCGCGCCGUCUGGGAGCCCUUCCUCGACGCAGCGGGCGGUAACGAGGCGGAGCGGGCGGAGCGUAGGAGGAUGCUCGACGAGGUGACGUGGUGGCAGGAGAUUUGGUAG